CUUCAUGAUUUCACGAUUUCUAUUUCACAAUUUCAUGAUUUCGGCUUCAAUAAAACGUGAAAUCGAGAAAUCGUGAAGUCGUUAAGUUAAAAUCGUGAAAGAUCGAACCUUGGUAACGGAUUUUUGAGCAAAGUGUUAUUGUUUUUAAGACGACUUCAGCUUUAUUUACCUUUAUCGAAAACGAAAGUAGUGUCUCUUGUAUCACAGAAUUGACAUGUCUCUUGUAUCUCAGACGAACUUUCAAUAAAUUACACAUCUUUCUAAGAGAUAAAUCUGUCAAUGAUGAUCACAUAUUUAGGCAAAAUAACACUGUAUUAUCAAAACUAAGUUAAAUAUUGAAGAGGUAUGGCGAUUAUGUGAAAUACCAACCUUCUUUCGUUAAACCGGAAAUCCGUUACCAAGAUUUGUUCGAAACCAUUUCUUCGUGUACACGUUCAUAAAAGCCUAUAAUUUUGAUGAUAACUUGUAUAUAAAAACCGCAACAAUGCUUGUUAUAUGCAGAGGGUUUUUACUUGUAAAACUACAUGCUCCGAAUAAAGGUCAUCCUGUGAAUAAAGGCCUGGUUCUAAACAUAUGUGUGAAACAUAUAUUGAUUUAUAAAAAAAAUACCUUGGCCGUUGUGGACAAGAGCCAACCCCGCCUUUUUUUACAAGCUUUUACCUUUAAAACAGAGCGCAGUGAUAAAGAACAUUUUAAAUUUCAACAAGAACUCUCACACGCAGCAGAAAAUGGAACUUUACCAGACGACAUCAGAAUUGAAAUAGAUAAAAUGUUAGCAGCCGACCUCAUUAUUUUACAAUUUCCUAUGUACUGGCUUGGUAUGCCCGCCAUUUUAAAGGGUUGGAUCGACAGAUGUUUUGCAGAAAAAGUAGUUUUUGAUACAAUGUCACUCAAAUGGUUUGACAACGGACCGUUUAUAAACAAGAAAAUAAUGCUAUCCUUCACGGCAGGAGGUACAGAGGACUUCUUUUCAAACUCGGGAAUAUUUGGGGACAUGGAUGUUAUUCUAUGGCCUAUUCAGAACAUGUUGAGGUUUACUGGUUUCCAGGUUUUGGCACCGCAGAUUUCACACGCACCAGCAGACGUUUCCGAGAACCAGCGCACGUGCAUGUUGCAGAUGUGGAGCGAUCGGCUUCAAACAAUAUGGAAAGAAGAGCCUUUAUCUUUUGUUCAUGUGAAACAUUUUGAUCCAGAAAAAGGAUUCAAACUGUCAGAAAAAUAUUUAUCAAAAUUAAAAGAUGGUGAUUCUGGGCCAAAUCCAGGUCAAAACCUUGGACGCAGUUUCCGUCAAGGAAGCAUGACUAAAGUUGCUGGUAUCUCCAAAAAGCAUUCAAACUUGUGAUGCGGACCAUUUUAUAGACCUUCAGAUAAAACGAAUUUGGCGUAAAAUCAUCGCUAAAAUGCUUUAUUUUUGUAUGUACAAUUUAGUUCAAACUAAAACUUGAAAGGGCGUUUUAAAAGUCAGCGUUAUUCGCUGGCUGGACACUGUUGUGAAGCAAUAUAAACCUUGUUUAAAAUCUAUAAAGAGUUUGAUAUAUUAGGUUUAAUAAAAUAUGCACCAUUAUAACCU